GGCACACAAACUCACCUGGACCGAUCCAGGUGGAGAAUUGUGUCCAAGGUCAACGAACACGUCUUCCCAUUUGACCGCGAGGAUGCAGAGACCUUCGACAUACGCCCGUAUGUCUGUGCCAGGUUCCGUGUGCAGAAGGUCCAACAGGGCCCUCAAGAAGAGGCCUUUAUGCGCGUGUACAAGCAGAUCCCCAUCCUAGGAUCGGAGUUCAACACCGCGGAGGAAAUCGCCCGGCAGGCCAAACCGCAGGUGCCCACCGAGGUGAAGGCCUUUCAGCGAUUUUCGCUCCUGCACCAAAGCCCAGGUUGCACUCCAACCCUCCUCGACAGUAGGACGGAGCAACAAGGGGACGGGGACCGUGUCCCGGGGGGGGAAUUCGUAUACACCAUCGUCUGGAGCAUUGUGCCAGGAAUCCGCCUGGGCGAUGACCUCGGCUCGCAGACUUUUUGGAACUUGCCUCGUGAAGAGCGAGAUCUGAUCCGAGCUGAAUUCAGAGACAAGCUU